AUGCUCGAUAUACACCGUCCCGAUUCCGCGCCCGAUACCAAAAUCUACUUCUCCCACUGCGUCCUACCGUCCUACAUCGACCCGCAAAAUGUCUCGACGAAGAAGAAGCCCUUCUCAGCUUUCAAUAAGCAGAAAUACAGCCAUACUAUGGACCUAAUCCUCCCCGAAGAGUUAUACGAGCUUGUAAGGAAUGAAAUGGACCGCUUCGAUGGUCCCGCCAGAGCGCAGUAUGCGCGGGUGCAUAUGAAGCUUGGAGAGAUUAUCGAGAGCGAAUUCCUAGACACCUACAUCAAGCAAGGAAACAUCAUGAUGCUCAGCGAAGGCCGACCACUCAUCGACGACCGAUUCGAACUAUACGAAGGCACUCUGCGCAUGGAGCUCACGCGCCCGACGUAUGAACGAUGCGGCCUCCAGGGCACCCCGAUCGAAGACGGCGGCAAGAAGCACCAGAAGCAGCGAUGGGUGGUGGAGUACGAUCUCCGCGCAAGCUCAAUGAAGCACGGGAAGAAGGGGUUCUCAAGACUAGAAUGGGCGUGCAAGAAUGUUUUGGAUCGUUCGCUCACCUGGCUCUUCUGUAACUUGAACCCCUCCUCCGCCGAGUCGCUUGCUGAGGGAAAAGAACCGAUCUCGAAGCACGCGCCUUGGCUUCACAAUAUUGUUCCCGAGGAGACGAGGAUGGGUAAUGUUAUUGUGCCGCGGCUCUCCGUCAGCGACCUCACGAAUCUGUAUGCUGAAGAGGACGCGCUUGAUCUUCUUGAGUACCUCCACAUGCUGCAGCUGAAAUCUCCUCGAGUGGAGAAGAACGACAAUAUAAAUCCACAUCUGUCGCGCUACGAGGUCCCAGACCUGGGAAAAGGUGUGACUUCCAAAAACUUGGUCACCGUGCGAUGGAGAGGAUUCAUGUCGCCGGCGUUUGUGCGCAAUAUCUUCCUCGUGGUAAGAAAAGAAGGUUUCAAAGGCAGGAAGGGAGUCAAUGGUACACAAGAUGCAGACGUCGAUAUGGAAGGAAGCGGCAUGGCGAAAGAGGACGAAGAUGAGUGGUUUGCUAUGAGUGCACAAGCUUUUGGAGGCAAGAAUACUUGGACAGUGAUACAAUUUGCAGGACGCCAAACACUCGUUUGGGAGAUGGAAAGCUGA